GGAGGAGGAGGCGCGCAGCCCUUUUGUUACCUGUACUGGAGCACCUGGCUGCUGGAGCUGCAGUAUGUCGACAGGAAAAAUUUUUUUAUCUGAAGCCAAAUGAGAGCCACCGUGUUGUUAGAGCGCACUGAGAGCGCGUAAAUACAUCUCGACUCCCUUGGAAUUGCUAAUUAAGCCGCGCAGGAAAACGGAGGAGGAGGAGGAGGUACUUCCUUCAAAAAACGCAUUCAACUUUCAAGUUCGACCCUCCCUCGUGUUUCCUUUUGGACUUCUUAGACACCUUGUGAGCUCGUCGCCAGCAUCUCACCUGUGCUGCUGCUGCUGCUGCUACUGCUGGACCAUAUGGAUCUGACCCGGUCGAAGAUUUCCAAAGCGCUUCGGCGUGAUGUGGUGGAAAAUAGGCGGCGUACGUGCAUGUGGAAGGGUUAAAAAAGCUGCCAAUGUGAACGGGGAAAAAACAACCACUUUAUAUUCCGGUGCAUGGCCUCUACAUGCGCAAAGUGGCAGCGAUCAUGCACAGACCACUCCGAAAGCGGAGUCUCUACGCGUUCCUGUGCGUUGGCAUCAUAUACUUCAGACUUGGGGCCCUGUCUUCAGUGGUGGCACUGGGCGCCAACAUCAUCUGUAACAAGAUACCUGGGCUGGCACCCCGCCAGCGGGCUAUCUGUCAGAGCCGCCCGGACGCCAUCAUUGUUGUCGGCGAAGGAGCCCAGAUGGGCAUCAAUGAAUGUCAGUACCAGUUUCGCUAUGGACGUUGGAACUGUUCCGCCCUGGGAGAAAGGACUGUCUUCGGUCAGGAGCUUCGAGUAGGCAGCCGGGAAGCGGCAUUCACCUAUGCCAUCACAGCAGCAGGGGUGGCUCAUGCUAUUACAGCUGCUUGCAGCCAGGGCAACCUGAGCCAGUGCGGCUGUGACCGGGAGAAACAGGGCUACUACAAUCAGGAAGAGGGCUGGAAGUGGGGAGGCUGCUCUGCUGACAUUAAAUAUGGCAUUGAGUUCUCUCGUCGCUUUGUGGAUGCCCGUGAGAUUAGAAAGACACCUCGCCGCCUCAUGAACUUGCAUAACAAUGAGGCAGGGAGAAAGGUUCUAGAAGAAAGGAUGAAGCUGGAGUGCAAAUGUCAUGGCGUAUCAGGCUCCUGCACCACUAAGACCUGUUGGACUACACUUCCAAAAUUCCGCGAGAUUGGCUAUGUACUCAAAGAGAAGUACAACGAAGCUGUGCACGUGGAGGUAGUCCGGGCUAGCCGACUUCGCCAGCCCACCCACCUCAAAGUGAAGCAGACUCAGGGCUACCGCAAGCCCAUGGAGACGGACCUCGUUUAUAUCGACAGGUCGCCCAACUACUGUGAGGAGGAUGUAGCCACAGGGAGCGUGGGCACCCAGGGACGCCUGUGCAACCGUACGUCGGCGCACACAGACGGCUGUGACCUAAUGUGCUGUGGCCGUGGCUACAACACGCACCAGUACACCAAAGUGUGGCAGUGCAACUGUAAGUUCCAGUGGUGCUGCUUCGUCAAGUGCAACACGUGCAGUGAGAGGACGGAGGUGUUCACCUGCAAAUAAGGAUGCAGGAAACUCUAAGAAAUGAGGACUAGCUGAAUGAGGAAGACCAGAAAGAGCAUGAUUAAAGUGUCGGGGACCAAACAUGAAUUCCGAAUUCAAUGAAUGGAAUUUACACUCUUAGCUCUUCAUGGCGUCGUUUUGCACAGCAGAAUCUAAUUGCUAUUCAGAAAAUAUAAAUCCCCCAGAACUUUACUGUCACAUAGAGAUUGUUCUGGUGUAGUAUCCACAGUAAAGUUGGCACCACAGGUACUUAAUUAGGCAUUUUCUGGGACGUGUGCUUUGCACUCUGAGUUGUGAUUACUUAAUUCACAAGAGACCAGCACAUGGAAAGUAAACCCGGUAACCUGGGAGUUUACCGGAAAGACAGCAGGUGAGGGAUGAAUAGGUGAAAAUAAGAAACUCUGAUUAAAAUUAUGUUUUCCCCAUUGUUCAUGAAAAGGGUUGCAGAAGUGAAUGUUUGCACCCCAUAAUUUGGCUGGGGCUAAUGCUGGAGGUGUGUAGAAAUGAAGAAGGUUUUGUAAGCAUGGUACCGUAAAUGUGCCGAAAGCUGAGUGGAGAACUUUCUUAAACCCUCCGCUGCCAACUGGAAUAUGGUGGAGUAUGUUUGUUUUCCAGUCACACUGGAACUGUCUGUUCUGAACACUGAAAAAAUAAAUUGUUUAUUUAUGUUAUAGUAUCUUAAAACGAAGCACUAACGGGUAGAGAUGUCUUUUUUGUACUAAGCGUAAAGAAAAAUACUUUUUAGAAACUGACUGAAGAUGUGUGUCCAUUAGAAAAAUGAACUUUGGUAUCUGAGACACCUCACUUUUUCUUUUAAAAGAGAAAAAUUUCAAAGCUGCUGGUGUGUUAACAAAAACAUCCCUACAGUACAUUAGGUUUUACCAACAAACACUUUGCUUUUUUCCUGUACCAUACUUUGUAGUCAUUUUCACCACAAACAGUAACAUCUACUUGGAUGCUUUUGAAAUGUCAGUUAUUUCCAGAAAAAUUGAUUUAACUGUAGCAAUCAUUCUUUAAACAUGAAAUUGAUAUGUUGCUGGAUGUGUUGUCGAGUGCUGCACUGAUAUUUUCUAUUCACAUACAACUCAUGAGAACUAAAUAAACUCCCAUUUGACCCAG